AUGGCCUGCAGUAAGAGCAACCAACACAUUGGGGGCUGCAUCAGGAAAGAAGAGGAAAAUCUAUGCACCUCCCCAGAUGUGCUAGUUCUUCUGUUUCUGUGCCGUCUGUAUCAAGAUAAUAAGAUAGCUAAAUUGUUGCCAGUCCUAAUCCUCAAGUAUCAAAAGGAGGAACCGAUCACCAAGGAUGAAAUGCUGCACAGUGUGGACCCCCGUUACCAUGGGCAGUUCCCUGUGUUAUUCAAAACAGUCUGUGAAUGCUUGUGUCUGGUCUUCAGCAUUGAUGUGCAAGAGCUGGAUCCCCCUGGCGAAACAUAUGUCCUUCUGCCUGUCUUGGGCCUCACGUAUAAUGGGGUACUAGGUGAUGAUUACCAGAGCUUUUCCAAAAUCCACCUCCUGAUAGUCAUCCUCACAGUCAUCUUCCUGAAAGGUAACCGUAUCAGUGAGGAAGACUUAAGGGACUUCCUUAAAACAAGGGAAAUGUUACCACAGAAGGAACACUUUAUUAUCAGGGAACCCUGGGAAUUCAUCACUAAGGAUUUGGUUCAGGGAGGGUACCUAGAGUUUCGACAGGUAACCAAUAGUGACCCUGCUCAGUAUGAGUUCUUGUGGGGUCCAAGGACCUAUGCAGAAACCACCAAGAUGAAAGUGCUGGAGCAUUUGGCCAAGGUGAAUAGCAGAGAUCCCCGGUCCUACACACAUCUAUAUGACGAGGCCUUGAGUGAGGAGCAAGGGGUGCCCCAUCCAUGUGCUCUGCACCAAUAA